AUGGAAAAUUCUUCAACGUCUGCAAGUGCAAGCUUGGAAGCUACCCAUGUCGAAUCUUCUGGCGAUUGCACUCGUCUUUUGGAGUCUUUGAGAAAUCUUGGCUUCGGCGAGAGUGAGUUAGGGCGCAGCAACCACGGCUCAACUUCCCCAUCCCCAUUCCAGUGGUGGAGAUAUAUUAAUGAUAAUAAUAAUAAUAAUAAUACAUCUCUUUCGAUUGCUUUGGCGGCGAAGGAAGCGAGGUCCUCCUCCUCAAUUCACCCAAUUCCUCCAGUUCAACCAUCUCCAAUCAAUGCUACAGAGACCUCAACGGCCUCAACGAGUCUCGUGAAUCAUUAUAAUUUAGCUCAUGGACGAACAAACAUGCUGCUUGGUGCAGCACUAGUGAAUAAUCAUCAUCAGAUUCCUAGCCAUAUGGGCCAGGAUUAUUAUUCGACCAAUUAUCAAGAAGGGCAGGAGGAGAGAAUACCGAGCACCAUGCAGGGACAAAGCAAUUUGGUUUGGUUGGCUAAGACUGAAAAGGGUUCCAAAUACUUGCAGGCUCUUCUGCUGGAGAAUGACCCUGAGAUUACAAGAAUGGUGCUUAAGAGGGUUUUUGAGCAUAUGGUGGACUUGAUGAGUGACCAACAUGGGCAAUAUCUAUUUCAGACUCUGCUUGGUAUCUGUGACAUCGCUCAGUUGGAUCUGAUUGUGAGAAAAGUAACUUCUCAGAGCCCAUUGCUCGUCCGAGCAGCAACUACUAAAUAUGGGUCAAUUUCAAUUCAGAAGCUUAUCAGACGGCUCAAGAAGAUGGACUUGGUGGAGUGCGUUACAUCAGUUCUCUAUGCCAACUUUUUCCAAUUGAUGACUGAUAGAAUAGGUAGGAUGGCGAUUAAAGAGUGCGCGGAAUACCUGGACAGUAGGCAAAAUGAGGUACUAUACGAGGCAGUUAUAUGGAAUGUUAUAGAAUUAGCCACAGAUCCAGUGGGAUGUAUAUCCCUAAAUGAUUGCAUCGAAUGCAUGAUAGGUUCACAACGAGAACGCCUUCUAGCUCGUAUUUCAGAUGAAUCAGUUCGCCUUUCACGGCAUCCUUCUGGGAACUUUGUGGUGCAAAACGUAUUGAAACUUGAGGUGCCGUCCAUAAAUGAAAAGAUCUGUAAGCGGCUGAGGGGCAACUAUGCAAGGCUUUCGCAAGUUAAAUCUGGGAGCCAUCUUGUAGAGAAAUGCUUGAGGUGCAGCUGGGGAAUGGACUCUUUCGUCCAAGAGAUGAAGAGCGAAAAGGGGGCCCUUCAAAAGCUCGCUCGGGAUAAGUUUGGCAACUAUGUGGUUCAGAGAGCCCUAGAGCUUUCCAAGGAGCAUUUUACAAGUCACCAUGAGUAUCUCUUGACGGCCCUUGGACCAUGUUUGUCGAGCCUUCAGCAAUCUACCUACGGAAAACAUGUGUUCUGUAAAAUCACUCAAGAUGGAGCUGCAAAGCUACUGUAGCAAAUCCAUGUGUUGUCAGAUGAAGAAGAACGAGUAGGCGCGCGCGCAUGAGCCGUCAUUAGUUCUUAAUUUGUUUACGCUUACUGUAGUGCUAUAAUUAAUUGUUAAUCGUCUGCUUGAGGUGAAUAUAUUAUAUAUAUAUAUAGGUGGUAAUGGUAUGUAUCAUUCAUAUAUAUA